CGGGGGGAGGGGGCCGGCCCGGGCCCGUCCUCCCCGGCCGGGGGAGGGACCGGCUCAUCACCUGCUGCAGCGGCCGCCGCGCCCGCCACAGAAAGAAAGGUUGGUCCUGGGCGGCGCCGGGCCCAUCCUCCAGCCGGAGAGGAGGAGGAGGAGGAGGACGGGAAGGAGGAGAGGAAGAGGAGGGUGACCGGAAGACCAUGAGCGGCACUAGGCCCAACUGCCUGUCGCAGCCCGUGGUGAAGAACGUCCUGGUCUACCGCAACGGGGACCCCUUUUUCGCCGGCCGCCGCCUGGUCAUCCACGAGAAGAAGGUGUCCAGCUUCGACGUCUUCCUGAAGGAGGUGACCGGCGGGGUGCAGGCCCCCUUCGGGGCCGUCCGCAACAUCUACACCCCCCGGGCCGGCCACCGCAUCCGGAGGCUGGAGCAGCUCCGGAGCGGGGAGCAGUACGUAGCCGGGGGCCGGGAGGCUUUCAAGAAACUCAACUACCUGGACAUCGGGGAAACCAAGAAGAAGCUUCACGGAGAGGCCGCCAACGCUGAGGUGAAACCGGUCGUCCACAGCAGGAUCAACGUGUCCGCGCGCUUUCGCAAGCCCCUGCAGGAACCCUGCACCAUCUUCUUGAUCGCCAACGGAGACCUCAUCAAUCCAGCGGUGCGCCUUUUCAUCCCCCGGAAAGCCCUGAACCAGUGGGACUUGGUGCUGGAAAUGGUGACGGAGAAAGUGGCCCUCCGCAGUGGGGCAGCCCACAGACUUUACACCUUAGAAGGGAAGAUGGUGCAGAGCGGCUCGGAGCUGGAGAACGGCCAGUUUUACGUUGCGGUGGGCAGAGACAGAUUCAAGAAGCUGCCUUACAGCGAGCUGCUCUUUGACAAGUCAACAACGAGAAGACCUUUCGGUCAGAAAGCCUCCUCGCUCCCCCCCAUCGUGGGAUCCAGGAAAUCGAAAGGGAGCGGCAACGACCGCCACUCCAAGUCCACGGUCGGGUCCGGCGACGGCUCGUCCCCGCAGCCCCCGAAGAGCAAGGGGAGGAAGAUCGGGCCGGGCACCGAGAGGCCCGUCAAGACCGGGCAACGGGCCCCGCGGGUGUCGGCCCGGGACCUCCCCGAAGGCGAUGAAGGUGUUUUCAAGGCGGGAACAAAGAGAUCGGAAACCAACGGAGCCGCGGAAGUCCAAGAGGACGAAGACACCCUAGUGGAGGUUCCGCUCGAUCAGAGGCCGGCAGAGAUAGUGGACGAGGAGGAAGAAGACGAGGGGAGACCAGGACGAGAGGUCGCCGAGGAGCGCGAAGAAGACCAUUCGGGAAUGAACGGUGAGGUGGAGGAGAAAGUUAAUGGAGAUGCUCGCGAUGCCGACGAGGGAGAGGCGGGGCCCGAAGAAGAGGGGUUGGGGCCUAAAGAGGAAGGCGUGGAGCCUAAUGAGGAAGAGACGGGGUUUGAGGAGGGAAAGGAGAAUCCGGACCAGGAAGGAGAGAAUCCAGAUCAGGAAGAGGACAGUCCAGACCAGGGAGAAGUCAUUCUCCCUCGUAUAAAGGGUGGCACCAAUGAGGAAAAUGGGGAAGAACUGGAACGAAUGGCAGAGGACGAGCGUCACCCGGAAGAGGAGGACGAAACCAAGUCAGCAGGGGAUGGCGGCGGACAGGACGAGGAUGACUUGGAUCCGCCCGGGCCGCCCCGGCCGGAGGUAAAAGUCACCAGUCCUCAAGAAAGCGAUCACAACGAGGCAAGCAAGGAGCGGGCGGCCGUGGCCUAGAUCCUCCGGGGAGUGUCACAGAAGCUGAUCCGGGAGGAAGGCAGAGACUUCUAAGACUCGGGUUUUAAACACGAGCUCGGCGGGGACCGCCAAGUCCGUCUCGCCGUGAGAUCGGAGGCCGCCCUUGGGAACCACGGGGAACCACGGGGGCACCGGUCCGCCGAGGUUCACAACCUCGCCGUUAACUAAAAGGAAGGCCCCGGUCCCUCAAGAUGAGAUUUCCCGGGCCAAGCGGGGAGGAUUUCGGGGGGGCGGUUGGCAUCGCCAAACGGACUCUUCCCCGCCUCGUUCCGGGACGACGCGUCUCCACGGGAUCGAUCCCUCUUUUUAGAAAGGUUAGACGUAGAUCUGGUAGGUUUCAGGGGAUCCUUAAAGACGCGUUUCAAAAACAAAAGAGAAAAAGAGAAGAGAAGCCACUUUCGGCCAUUCAGGUGAAAUGUAACGUGAUGUCUUCCUGAGGUGUGAAUAAACCGUAGACGACG